UGGUGACAACGAGUGGUUAGCUUACAUAUAGUGACUUUAUUGGCUUUGUGGAGUACACUGUCCGUGUUGGAAGUUUUUUAAUUUUAAUAUAAGUUUUUUUAUGAAUUGACUAAACGUGCUAUUAUUUUUUCAGAAUGAUACGCCAUUUAGCAUUGUUGUUGGCUCUCUUUAGCAUCAAUUUGGCUGUAAAAGAAAACUUUCAGGCGAAAAUGAACACGCACGUCGUCGAUGUCUUGAAUUUUUAUUCUAACUUGCCCACAGGAAGAAUAGAAGACGCUACACCAUUUUCGAAAGCUAUAUCUAUUGUGAUGAAUAGUUACUGGCGAAAGGUGCUAAAAAUCACGACCCCUGUUGAUCCCAAAACGCCGGUUCAUAUGCUGGCUGUGGAUCCUCGUAGAAACAUGGACCUUGUUCGAGCUGCUCUUGACAUGCCCAUCAAUAUAGUAGCAUUGAGCUGUUAUGGCAACGUGACAGAAAACAAUUGCUACAAUAAGGUAAUGAAGAUGUCAGAUACACAGACCAAGUUCUGCCGAGGGUACAAGGCACACCAGGACUUCUAUGAUCAGACUGUCGAUUUGUUCACCAGCGACCAAUUCGGGGAGUUCGAUGUUUAUGUUCGUUCGUACUUGCAAGGCAGUACGGACGAUGAAGUAAUCAUGAUUGUAGUAAAUGAAUUGUUGGGUGGCGCUCAUGCUACCAAAUUCAUCCAAUGGGGUAAAAAUUUCACUAGAAGAAAGUUUCCGUGCAAUAAAGCCGACAUGUUGAUAUUUAAAUAAUAAAUUUACAAUUUU